CUCUUAUAAUUCAGUGAUCAAUGGUUCAGACUUUUGCAAUCGUCUCGUACACUUUCUCGCUUAUAUAUUCUUCUCUCGGUCCGUAAUCAAUGAAAGGUCUCAAACUAUCAUAUACUCUUCUUCAGCUUGUACAAACAAACUGUCGACCAAAAGCUGCGAAACUGUCAAAUCCAAGGUCAACUGUAAGACUCCCUGGAGUAUCAGAUUCUGCCGAUACACCUGCAAACAAUGUUCCCGAACAACUUGUGCUAACAUGUUCCCCCUUGGAAUGGAGAGUAAAGCCAUCCCUGACUCAAGCAUCACAGCCUCUUCUAUGUGGGGCAGUAUUACGGCACCCUCAAGAGGCAGACUAUAUAUGAAAAAAGUUGGACGAUAUUGUGGAGGAUGGUCUACAAGCUAUAACAGCGUCAGCCAGUGGUUUCAGGUCGAUUUAGGCGAAGUGACCAAGAUCACGGAUAUUGCCACGCAAGGCCGUGUAUCCCCACACUACGACCAGUGGGUGAAGAGCUACAGCCUGCAGUACAGUACGAACGGAAGACGUUUUGCAAACUACCAAAAAGGCAAGGUCUUUAAAGGAAACUCGGACCAGAACACUGUUGUGAAGCAUGCUCUUAUUCCCCCUAUCAUCGCACGGUUCAUCAGAGUGCGACCCAAGACUUGGCGCAUGCACAUCUCGAUGAGGAUGGAACGUACCCAGAAUUUACGCCAGACAUAUAAUCCAUGA